AUGGAAAAAUUAGUUUUGGAAUCUUUGGAAGGACACUUGAGGAUGAACUCCUUGAAUGGGCAGACGGACGCGGCAAAGGCAUGUUUGGAAUUAGGCGGGAGGACCUUGCUAACAGAGGCACGCACACGGAUAGAGCGAGACGGCUAUACAAGUACUCCUCCACCCGGUUUGUCCCACCAGUCCCUAUCAUACCCAGAACGGACCAGUGUUACCCCGGAGCGCACCUACCACAUUGUCACCCAACAACCUCUGUCCACCCAGUUGGUGGAAGAAUAUAUUCCCACCGCCCCAACCAGCCCGAUCUCACAAGAGUUGAGCCCCUCCAGUCCCCGUUCCAUUGGGUUGAACCCAAAACCACCGUCUCCCCCAUCAUCUCCACCUCGACCAGUACCAAACGCCUAA